AUGGAUGCCGAAAUAUGUAAGAACUUCCUUUUAGUAAGGGAGAAAUUCCCCGAUCAAUUGAACAGUGACGGAAAGUAUACAUUUAAAGAUGAAUAUUUCAAAGAUUAUUGUACUGGUGGUUGUGAUAAUGAUUUCAAAAAAAUUAAUGCUGGGUGCUUAUAUUUUUUUGAUGCAUUUUUUAAGGAUUCUUCUUUGUUUGAGAAGGUUGCAAAAAAUAACAUCAAUAUUGUUGAUUACAUUAUUAUAUGGUUAAGUUAUAUGUUAAGCCUAAUGGAAAGUGAAUUAAAAGAAAGUCUAGUUUUUUUUUAUAAUAUAUAUAUAAAGGGUGGUGAAAGGUAUACAAAUACUAUAUCUGGUAUUAAUGAAUAUAGCAGUUAUAUGGAACUUAUAAGUAAAAAACACGAUUUGACGAAUGUAGAUAUGAAUAAAAGUAUUAUAUCUGAAUUAUAUGAUGCAUUUAAAAUAUUAUGUGAAAUGUAUACUGAAUUUGAUAAAAAUUCAAAUUGCACAUCAUGUUCAGAAAAAGCUAAAGAAUUUGUUAAAAAAUACGAACAGCUUAAUGGAAAUUAUAGUAUUACUGGGAACAGUUCAUAUAAUAAAAUGUUGUCUAGUUUAUCAACUGAUUAUAAUAAAUUAAAAGAUAAAUAUAAAGAUAGUUCAUCCCUUCCAGCGAUAAAAUCAACACAAAUUACAUCAAGUUCGUCGAUAGCAAACAAUUUAUUACUAGUUUUAUCUAUAUUUGGUGCAAUAGGAAUUUUUUUAGGAAUUGCUUAUAAGUAUUCAUUAUUUGGAUUUCGGAAACGAUUUAAAAAACAACAAAUAAGAGAAAAACUAAAAAAUAUAAAGAAGAAAAUGAAUCAAUAA